CGUACCGUUGGUCAGUGUCGUUAAUAAAAAGCGAGACGACGGUCGAGAUGGUCGAAAACGGCUAAUGAUUCUAAUCUCGCUUGUGGUGGAAUAUUGUGGUUACGACGCCGGAUGCGUUUCUAGUUAAAUUGCACGCAACAAUCUGCUGCGCGGAUCAGAUCGCCUUUUAUUUCGAUAGUGGCCAGUCGUACAAGACCUCCGUCUUCGCUGUUUCCUACCUGUCAGCCAGUUUCUCGCCGAGUUUCCACGUGCACGACUGUGUUGAGUACGCGAAAUAACUGAACAACGUAAUUGUCACUCGUAGCUCAGUUGUAGCUCGCGAGCUAGCAAGAAAAGCGGUGCGUGAUAAUUAGCAACGACAUCGUCAGACAUUCGUUCGAAGUAGCGGAGUUUUCAAUCGAAUCAUCUCGCUGCAAAGGAAAGAAAUGAGACCGAUCGGCGUGCAAUUUUUCAUCGGCAUUUUCUUCCUUCUCCUCGUGGUUCGAUUGUCAGCGACGUUGACAAAACUGACCACGUUGGACGAUGUGGUGCCCGACAAGUGGAGGGUCGUGUCUUCUGGCCAACCUCCGCAAAUCGAGCUCCGCCUGUUCAAGAGCCACACGCCAGAGGACAAGACUUGGUCGAGCAGCAUGGAAUACACGAUCUCGCAGAGCACCGACGAGCCGGGAAACCAGCACGCGGAUGAGAAAGCGGAAAGCGUUAAGCCGAAAACGCAGCUCGGGUCUAGGCACAUCAUUAGAGGCGCCAGGUUCAGGUGUCCCACGGGCCAGCAAAGGGAUCACUUGGGCAAGUGCAGAGAUGUCUUCGUGGUGCCACUUAAAAACGAUGUAUAAGCGCAUUGGGCAAGAAGACACAGAGCCUGGUGAAGAUUUCCAUCUUCCACCGACGAGUUUCUUUCUUCUCCUCAAAGUUUUCUCUUUAAAAAAAAAAAAAAAAAAAAAAAAAAAGAAGGAGGAAGAGGACCAUCGAUGUUCUUUUCUUCCAACUUCUCUCACUUGUUACACGCUUACACGGAUUCGGAUCGAUAUCUAAGUCGGACUGAAGGAUCGUCAACAUGAUGCUGACGUAAUGAGACGAGAUAAAGCGAUUUUCGAAAGUAUCGACGGUAUCGGUGUAUUAUUUAUACGCCGAUGCGUCUGAUGGAUGUUAUUACGCGCGAUACUCAUCGAUUUUCAACUCUUUAUCUCGCGGCGCGAUAUAUCGGCCGAGCCAAUCUCUCUUCGCUUCUGCCAUAGCGCGAUUUAUCGUUCACGGGAUUUUCGAAAUUCACCGUGAUUCAUAAAGUAAUAUUUCGCCUUCCGACUAUCCCGAUACGCUUUUACCCUGGCCGAAGGUCAGCGAUAUAUCACUAAGCAACGUUUCUUACUUGCCGGCUCGAAUAAAUGCUCGCCGUGUUUUAUAUUUGAAGCAUGCGGCUAUAAAUUAGAUUUCCGCGUUUUAUAACGCGCUAUCACGUCGGCUUCGCUUUUUCCGCAAACGUGUACGCGUGUCAAAGACGACAUAAACGUGCAGUGGGUUCGCUACUUGCGCUGCAACGUCUAUCGUUAGAGACGAGCAUAAAUGCGUUACGCGCGUUGCGCCAAACGUUUCAUUAGCAUCGUGAUAAGGCCGGACUGCGGCGAUUUAUGCUAGUCGAAUUAGAAACAUAGUUCAACUAAAAUUAGAGACAAAUGUAGAAAUGAAUGUGCAUGUUCGAACUUGUUUAACGCAUGAACAUACACGUUCAUAUUUGCUCGUUAAAACAACCAUUAGCCAGUUAGCUGUUGCGACCUGUUUGAGAAAUGUACGCGACGAGUAUAUUCGUCAAAGACUGCGAUUACUAAAUUGCAAUUUAAACAGCAAAUUGUAACUACUUUUCACGCGUGACGAGUAUAAGAAAAGCUACCUGGUUAAAGUAGCAAAUAGGUUUCUUAGUGUCUUGUAAAUUCAAUGGUUGGAAAAACGAAUAUUUUGAAAAACAUGUAACAAUCGUAUAAAUAAUUGCGUUAAAAUUGCACCGUGUUUUCUCGAAAUAUUACGAAAGAUAUAUGAAAAUUGUAUUGUAUAAUCUUUGGUAAACUGAGGGGCGAGAAAAUUCGCCUAAUUUCCCACUGCGAAUGUUUAUGUCAAAGCUGUCGAUAAUUAGAGUUAGCUCUUCCACAGAGACCCGAGUUACACACUCGAUGUCUGGAAAAAUUGUCGAAUGGAAAUGGCGCCUGUGAAGGAGCCGGGAAGGUGCGAAUUUCAAAAGAUAUUACUCACCGAUGUAUAAGAUUCCAUCCAGGUCGAGGUUCUCGUUGCUGCCCUGACUAUUGACAGCUGUCACAUGGUCAUCAACAGCGAGCGUGUGUCUUUUUGGUGCCGGCCUUCCGAUGCUCACUGCGUGCCAUUUGCCGUCGUUCAGCCUGGACCUGGAAGUGUCCCUGACCCUGACCGGGCCGUCACCCAGGUCGAACACGUAAUGAAUGUGUCCGUUGACUAACUCCACGGCGAUGAAGUCGCGUUCUCGACCGGCGUUGUACAGAAUCAAACCGUUCGCUUCGCGUGUUCUGAACUGCAAGGCGAGAAACAGCGUGUUAAUCGACUUAAACGAACAUAAGUUACCCUUUGUAGUUGUUGGCCCUGCAUUUGCGACGACCAGCUUGCAGAUAAGGAACCUGCGGAUGAGAAUUUUGGGUGGGAAAUGUAAGUAAAGUACAAAUGAGAAAUGAGUAAGUGUUAGUGUGUACGCCACUUAAUGCGCGCUGUUGACGAAAGAGAGUGGAAGUUGAACUUGCUGUUGCGUUUGCAAAAUGUACGAAGUGUAAUAUUUGAAAUUGAAUUCAUAUCGAGGCGAAUUAAAAUAAAGAAUUGUUUCUAAAUGA